AUGGAGGUCACGCGGGGGCCGUGUGCGGAGCUGAGGGCUCCUGCAGGCCAGGAAGGUGGAGGCCCGAAGCCGGCUGCCAGGCUGGAGGACAGGGAACAGCGGCAGGGCCCAGCCAGCUACAGUGAGGAUGCCCAGAGAGAGAAGCCGCCACUGCCUCGCACCCCCUCUGCAAAAACGCAGUCAGAGGCAUGUGGAGAGCUGGCACAGGCUCAGGCCGGUAGUGGGCGCCAGGCCCUGAGUUCCAGGCCUCUGCCCAAGGACAGAUCCCAGAUCCCAUCCAAAGUGCAACCUCAUGGGGAGUACAAGCUUGGAAAGAGGCCCCACUCACCAGCCCCUGGAAAGCAGAAGAGGCCCAGCACCCUGGGUCCAGCAUCUGCAGCACCUCCCAGUAGCAGUCACUCAACCCGGACCAAGCACAACCCUGUGCCUUGUGGGUCAGGCCGGGGCCCCUGCCACCUGGCCAACCUACUCAACACCCUGGCCCAGAACAACCCAAACACAGAGCAGAACAAGGGGCCCCCGGAAGCGACCUGCCAAGUUCGGAAAAAGACUCGAACCCUCUACCGCUCAGACCAGCUGGAGGAGCUAGAGAGGGUUUUCCAAGAGGACCACUAUCCUGACAGUGACAAGCGUCGGGAGAUUGCCCAGAUGGUGGGGGUCAACCCCCAGCGCAUCAUGGUAAGGGGGACUGGCUAGGCCAUGCAGGGAGGGGACAGCUCAAAGAGGAGCUCAGAGCCCCUUGCCCUGCAGGUGUGGUUCCAGAAUCGCAGGGCAAAGUGGCGAAAACUAGAGAAACUGAAUGGGAAGGAAAAACAGGACAACACUGCUGCCCCUGCUAGCAGUCAAGGCAGCUCCACCGCUGAGACCCUACCUGCUGUGCCCCUGGACCCAGAGCCUGGCGCAUUCCCUCUGGAACCACCUCUGGAUACCUUUCCAGAGCCCCCCAUGCUGCUGACCUCAGACCAGGCCUUGGCCCCCAUCCAACAGACUGAGGGUGCUAAGAGGGUAGCAGUGAGCCCACCGCUCUUCAGCCCUCCACCUCUGCAGAGAACCAACUUUCCUUUUCCUCUGGGCCCUGUCCACACCCCACAAUUAAUGCCUCUGCUGAUGGAUGCCCCUGUCAGUCACCAAAGCCACAGGGACGGCCCCUGGGGGACAAGCAUCACCCCACCACAUACCUUCUCGUAUUUGGAAGACCUGGAGUCCCAGGAUUACCAGCCAAGCUACCAGUUCUCCCAGCCUCCACCAAGCCAGCUGUUCCAAGGCCACCAGCCCCAUCUGCCCUACCUGCCACCCUUGCCCUUCCCCAUGCCGGGCUCCCUGUCAUUUCCACCACCAGAAGAUACACUCUUUUCAUUUCCUUGUGGCUCUGCUGGGGGCCCAUCACAGAGCUUCUGCCCAGGGCCCCCCUCGGGGCAGAUCCUGCUGCAGCAGCCAUCUGCUGGGAAUAUGGGCACCAUCCCCUGGAGUGACCCCUAUCUGCCCGAACUGCCCUUCCCGGGCCCGUUCUGCACACAGACUCCGGGGCACCCCCCAGGAGGAGACAGCUACUUCUCUGACCUAUUUGCACCUGUCUGCACCCCGGCUACCAGCAGUCAGCCUUCACCAGCGUUCACCCAGCUGCCAGAAAGGGCCAAACCGGGACCUGGACCCCUCCCUAGCAAGGUGCAGGAGGAGCAGGCUGCCUCUGCCCUGGAACAGCCCAGGGUACCAGCAGAGGCCAGAGAGGAAGAUAAGAAUAGCCAGGUCCCCUCAUUGGUGGCCAAAGAGUGA